CGUGAUCGAGAUUGGGCGUGACUUAUUAUCAUUUUCCGGAAACAUGGAGGCUAUAUUGAGUGAUAUUGUUGCUCCUGAGGACCUUUUAAAAUUUGAAAAGAAGUACAACAACGAGCUGCUGAAGGGAUCUGUCUCCAAAGAAACGAAGUUUGAAUAUGCUUGGUGUUUAAUCAGGAGUAAAUACAGCGACGACAUCAAGAAAGGAAUCGGCCUCCUGGAGGAACUUGUUCAGAAAGCGUCAAAGGACGACUCGCGGGACUUUCUGUUUUACCUCGCAGUGGCCAACUACAGACUCAAGGAGUAUGAGAAAGCCUUGAAGUACAUCCGGACUCUUCUGAGGAACGAGCCGGGGAACAAGCAGGCUCUGGAGCUGGAGAAACUCAUCGAGAAGGCUUUGAAGAAAGACGGCCUGGUUGGCAUGGCGAUUGUCGGGGGAAUCGGCCUCGGCGUGGCGGGAUUAGCGGGCCUCAUCGGCUUUGCGGUGUCAAAGGGAGCUGCCAAAUCCUAACCAGGAUAUGAAACUUUGCUGGACUUAUACACUGGCCUGCAUAAAAACAGAAAAUAACAAUUAAAGUGCUAAAAAAACUCAAGGAUUUUGAAUAAGUUUUCAGACUUUAACAUCAACAAUAUUCCUUCACACAUUACAGCCACUUCCUAUCUGUUAAAAUAUAUAUAUACGAAAGCAUGGAUGUGCUUCUGUUAAUGUUUGAUUUUGAAUUACUAAACAAAGUGUUAAUAUUGAGGUCUAAAGGGAAGCUGUCAAACGAGUGCAACAGUCUUUGGUUCCAUCUGCGGUGAUGCAGUAAGUUCUGUUGGAGGUCAGCGUCUGCAUUUUAUUUACAUGCUCUAAUAAUUAGUUCCAAUUAAAAUGUAAAGGAAUGUGAUGAACUCAUAGAAGAACUAACCAUUCUGGAGUAAACACAUUCCUAAUAUUCACCUUUUGUUAUAUUGAAUCACUUGUUUUACAUCUUGUUGAAUAAAAUGACUCGUGGAUUAUUUGUCAUUUUGGGAAAUUAUUCUCUGAAUCUCUUUAGGAGGAGUUGAACAUCAGAUGUAAUAUUUGAUUAUGUUUUGAAAAU